GUUGUCCGAUGGAACAACGAAGAACAUAAAUACCAGUACCACUCCGGUUCUCCAUUGCAAACCAUUCCUCACUAGUCUUUCUGCUCUGUGCAAUACCGGUGGAAGAUCCAUAAAAACCAUGGCAGACCCAGCAUCGCCAGCUUCGAUGUGGGGCUUCGCGACCGGCUGGUUUACACCCGCCAAUCUUUUUUUAUUCGUCAAUCUGGUGAUUGGCACCAUUGCCCUCACCUCCCGUUUCGGCUCCAACAGAAGACAACAUCAAGAGGAAAUUCAACCUCUCGCUAGAACCCCUUCCCUCUUAGAGCGAGUGAAGUCCAUCAACUUUUCAUUCUACAACUACCCACUGCCUGACUCUGAACCCCAAGUAGAACCCACAACGGACUCAGUGCAUGACACCGAGCCAGUGUGCACAACUGAGGUUCAUACGGUUCAACUCGAACGAGCCCCCUCACUCUUAGAACGGGUUAAGUCCAUCAAGUUGUCUUCUUUCUAUAGAUCCGAACCAGAAACCGAAAUUGUUGCUGAAGCUGAUUCGGAUCCAGAUGUGGAUACGGGUCAUGCAUCCAGUGUGGAAGGGAAGCAUCAGGUAAAGAGGAGUAAAUCGGAGCCUAGGGAAGCUUCGGAGAAGAAAGCGCCUGAGAAGAUGAAGAAAUCAGCAAGCGAAAGAGAGGUGGUCGUAGAGGAGGACAGAGAGAGAGUGGAGCGGAGGAGGCCUGCAACGACGAGGAUAGAAAAGACGGCGUCGUUUGGAGACGAAGGGGUUGACGCGAAAGCCGAUGACUUCAUCAACAGGUUUAAGCAGCAAUUAAGGUUGCAGAGGCUGGAUUCGCUCUUGCGUUACAGAGACAUGCUCAACGGAAAGUAGGGGAAUGACAGAAAUGACCCUGUUCUGUUGUUUUUGCAGUUUCUUUGUAUUAAAAAAGUUUGAUUGUGGUGGAUGAUGCGUGUGUUUCCAGAUUUCGAAUCUUUGUUGUUGUUUACUUGGUUUGUAUUGAAAAAAGCGUUCAUGCCUUUAGUGGUAUAAUUUGCAUGUCAUGACUCAUGUGGCUACUAAAGUUGAUUAAUGCUUAUUCA